AUGGUUGGUUUUGCUGCUAGGCAAGGUCAACGGGCAGACAUGAAAUUCAUACUACAGAGGCACAACUGCGCAUACAGUACGGAACGAAUAGAAAAAGGCUUUAUUGACAGAAUGGACACCUCUAACAGUUCUUGGGAUAAAAACCUUCCAAUUCUUCAAGGAGCAUCUGUUUCAGUUAACUGGUAUUCUCUGGAGGGUUAUGCUAGUUUUAAAAGAUUGACACCUAUCACCACCACAACUUCAGUCCUAGUGAACGAGACAAAGCCCAUGGAUAUUUCAGAACAGAUAGCAGAAAUACGGAUUGAUAGACGCAAAAUUUUAUUGCAAGAAAAAUUACAAGAAGGUACCUUUGGCCAGAUUUACCAUGCGGUAAUUCGAGAUGAAGAUGUGAUAGCUUCCCAUGGGCUGCAUGCAUUUGUUAAAACAGUCACAGAUCAGGCUUCCACAAUACAGGUGUCUCUCUUGACUGCAGAAGGAAUGAUGAUGCUUGGCUUGAACCACAAAUGCAUUCUUCCCCUCAUCGGCCUUUGCACAGAUGAUCCUCAUCAUCCCAUGUUGGUGUAUCCUUACAUGAACCAAGGCAAUUUGAAGAAAUUUCUCCACAAGUGCUUGAUUGCUACCGAAGGGCACUGUCACGCACUUAUGACUCGAGAUUUGGUAGCAAUGGCCUUACAAAUUAUCCAAGCAAUUGCAUUUCUUCAUAAAAAGAAGCUUAUUCAUAGAGACAUAGCUACAAGAAAUUGUGUGGUAGAUGACUGGCUGCAAGUAAAACUGACGGAUAAUGCUCUAUCUCGAGAUUUGUUUCCCAGCGAUUAUCACUGCUUAGGUGAUAAUGAAAACAGACCAAUUAAAUGGCUUGCAAUAGAAAGUUUGCUUAAAAAAGAAUUUUCAUGGGCAAGUGAUGUGUGGGCAUUUGGAGUAACAAUGUGGGAACUGAUAACCUUAGGCCAGCAGCCAUAUGUGGAAAUAGAUCCUUUUGAAAUGCAUUUAUAUUUGAGAGAUGGUUACAGGUUAGAUCAACCAAAAAAUUGCCCGGAUGACCUGUUUGAAGUAAUGGCUUGUUGCUGGUCAACAGUGCCUGAAGAUAGACCAUCGGUUAGUCAUUUAAUGAACUGCUUGCAAGAAUUUCAUGCUGCAUUGGGCAGGUUCAUCUGAAUGGAAAAGAAAUAUUUUCUUUAUUUCCUUAUGCCUUCACUGCCAGUGAAUAUUAUGAAACUAAAUGUGAGCAAAUUACACUUCAAAGAAAAUAUUUGUAACAAAGUUCAACAUUAUUUGAUAUUCUUUCAUGUUGAAUGGUGUGAAGAAAAUUCCUUUAUGAAGUUUUAAAUUUCUUGUAAACUUGUAAAAAACAUUUUUUUUUUUAAAUCAGAUUUGUUUCAUGAUUCGCUUUGAACAUUAUAAAUUAAUAAUUAAAUCUUCUACUGUAUUCUCUCUAUUUAAGACAUAUGUGAAAUAUUCAGUCACUAGAUUAAUUAACAGUACUUGUUUUAUUACUAUUUAACUGUAUGCUUAAGUCACUUGCUGUGAUUAUACUAUGCUACAUUUUUUUAAUUCAGAAGGAUUUAAUGGAGAACACUGUAUCAUCUUAUAAUUUGUUUUUUAAUUUGUUUUUUUUUUUUUUUUUUUUUUAAUUUUUAAGUAAAAUUUACCAAAUAGGGAUGCUGGCAUAAAUAUUUUGGAAACAAGUACUUCUGUGGUAAUUUGUCAAACAUAAUUCUUUUGCUCUUGUCUAAAGAAAUGCCUCAUAAUUGGGGUGUAAUAAGGUGCAUGCUACAUUUUUCAAUCUAGUCUCAACUUGUUUUUGUGUGUGGCUAUGUUUUAUAUACAAAUAUAAAUCUAUAUAUUGAUGUACAGUUUUCAAAUAGUGAAAGUGAACUUUCGCAUGUUAGAUGUAUUUGUAUUCUACAAAGAGAAGAUACUUUGAAAUGUUAAUGUGUGAAACUAGUAUGUAAAUUUAUGAUAGUCAGAAAUAGAAGGUAUACAUACUUAUUAAUUUAUAAUGAUAUUUAUCCAUAAGUUUUGUAAAAUAUUUAGUAAGAUUCAUGAACAUAACAUUGUAACAGAAUAUUAAGUUGCAUUGUUUCAGUGUUUUCAAGGAAAAACAACAAACACAGGAUAAUAAAUUAUAUUAAAUUAAUAAAUGGACAUUUAUAUUAAUUCAUACCUAUUAAUUUAAUAGAUGUCAUUAACCUUUAAUAGUUUCCAUCAAAGAUAUCUCGUAUGCAUAAAUGUCAAAAGAAUGUGUCAUAUUUUUUUAGUACCAUUAAUUUUAGAAGUACGAAUUUGAGAUAUUUGAAGUUUGUUAAUUCAGAAAAUUUGUCAUAAUCUGUAUCAAAUCAUACUCUGUUAGUAUCAUUCCUUCAGAAAGGUACCAAAGUGUUUUGCCAAACAGUUUAUCUGGUAACCAUUGUACUUUUUUUAAAAUGGUGUAAAAUAUGCCUAUUAAUUAUAUGCUUGCAUAGAAAAACAUAAAAUAAACAUAUUUGUUUCCACCUUGAUCUAACAAUAUUUACCAUACAACUUUUGAAUUUAUUAAUUAAAUUUAUCUUUUUUUCAUAUUCAAAUAUACAUAUCUACAUUGUUCUUUUACAUUUAAAUGUUCAAACUGCAUAUAUUUCAUCACUUCAAAUUAGUUAAAUCCUUAUAAAUUAAUACUUUAAAAAUAUUAAUGCUUGUAUUCAAGCAUAUAUUUAUUCAUUCAUAGUUCCUACAUUGUUGAGCAGAAAAGCCAAAUAAUUUAGCAGUUGAUUAAAUAGGAAAUCUUCAGAACAAUACCAGGGGUUUUUCUUUUGUGUGGCAAUAAUACUGGUUGACUUUUUGGUACUGGCAACAAAGCCUUUUUGAGGGAUUGUCACUAAUGAAAAAAUACUAAAUAUUCUAACCCAAGAAAAAAUUUUUAAAGUGAGAAUAGCAUUUCUGUAAGAGAAAGGCAUAAGCUUAUUUUAUUUAUCCAUCAUUAAAAGCAAAGUGAAGUAGUUUGUAUAAAAUUAUUUGAAACGUCUUAUACAUAAAUAAUUUAAUACUAUAUUUAAAUGAUAUAGUUUAAUAUUUCCACUCAUAAUAAAUAUUCAGUUGAGUAUUUUAUCUCUUGCCCCAAGUAAAAUAUAAUGAGUGAAGAAAUAAAGUAAUUUCAAAAGCUUUUAAAAAGCUCAUUUUGGGAAUGCAAAUUUGAGCUGCUUGAAAUUUCUUGAGUCAGAAAAUACCUAAGGAAAAUUAAAUACCCAAAAUUCCAUAGCCAAAUCUAUGAGGAAAAAAAAGAAGAUUGCUGAGUAAUGAAUUGUAAAGUGAUGAAUUGCAUUUUAUAAGCUAUUAACAAUUCAAGAAUAUGGAAGAAAAGUGCUUAAUUUUUUUGAAAAAUGUAUAAACUAUUUCAAUCUUUGUGGAAAAUCAUUUCCAUCAGAGCUGUGAUAAAUUCAUUCACACUGCAGAUAAUGUAGGGUCAAUGCCCUCAUCAUACGUACUUUUGUCUAUGAGAGAUGCUCAGUUGAUAGAAACAAGGGCUAAAAGUGUAUCUACUUAUAUAUUGUACAUAAAGUAUAUGUCAAAUGAUGAUUAUAAAUAUUUAUGUAUAUUUAUUGAAAACAUUGCUUUUGUUUGAAAUGAAAUGUUGGUAUAAAAUACUUGUUGAUCAAGUUUAUUGUAUUUUAAUAAAUGCUUAAAAACAUUA